CCUUCUUCAGGAAAGAUAACACACAGAGCUUUAAAAUCCCAGCGUGCAUUGCAGAAGCAGUUCACUCUUUGUCUCUGUGACGUUGCGGCCUCAUCUCCUCGUCUCCUGCGCCCCUGCAUCGCUCACUGAAGCCCCGCCUCUCUUUCCCUGCACUGGAAUUUCGAGACGGAACAUGGCUGCCUUAUUCCUCGCUCUGUGUCUAGUGUCUGUCGCUUCUGCCACCAUCUUCCAAGACUGCGGUUCCUUGGGCGCCGACGUCGAUCUCCGCGUGGAGGGCUGCGACGUCCCCCCGUGCGUCUUGAAGAGAGGGGAGACCUACCCCUUCGAGAUCCUCUUCACGGCCAGCAGGUCCUCCUCCGAGCUGCGGAUCGACGCGUACGCCUCCAUCGGCGGCCUCCCCGUGCCCUGGCCCGGCCUGGACACGGACGGCUGCCAGCAACUGCAGGGCACGGAGACGCCCUGCCCGAUCGCCGAAGGGGACCAAGUGCUCUGGCAUAUGGAGGUCUACGUGCUAAAGGACUUCCCGGCGAUUGCAACUGUGGCUACGUUUAAACUGCUCGACAGCCACGGGGAUCCUCAAGCAUGUGUCGUGGUUCCGGUGCAGCUUAUAUAGGCCUUAGACCGCGUCCCUGUGUAGGCUGUGUAGGUCUGUCUAAGGUGUGGAGUAUUUUUUUUUUGUCUGUUUGAUAUGACGUUGUUAUCGAGAUUUGUAAAUUUCAAAUUGUAGGUAUGUUUAGAAAUGUGAAAUGAGGUAUGGAUGUAUUUUAGGUGAAGCCUUAUUGUACAUAAACACACACACACACACACACACACACACACACACACACACACACAUACACACACACACACACACACAU